AUGCACGCUCGAGAGGCGGGCAUGUCUCCCCUGCACUGCUUCGUCCUCGACGUGCAUUUCCAGACCAGCAGCCAUUGGCCUCUCCGGGGGAGUGUCCGGGACAGGGUCAGAGCAGUGGGAGCCCCGAGUGAGCAGCUCCCUGGCUCUGCAGGAGAAGGGACAGCAGGUGUCUGUUGUCCGGAGGACGCUGCUCUGCACGGAACCCAGGUGCUUGCUGCACACGGGCCCUGCGAACUGGCGGCAGGGGACAGGUGGCCGCCCUGUGGCACGCGGUCACAGGUGGCGGGCUCAGGCGUGUGCGCACUGCCCCUGGGCCCACCCCGCACCCCCGCAGGGCUGGUGACGGCGGGUGAGCGCAGCACACAGGGAACUUUCACACCCGAGCGUGGCCUUGACCUAGGAGCUGUGGCCCUGAGAGAAGGGACUCCCCGGCAGGAGAACGUGCGGAGGGGUCAUCUGGGCCCGGGGCUUGUUGGAGUCGUCGGCACCUCAUCUGACAGUGCAUCCCUCCACUUGGGGUGUGCGCGAAGCACGGUCCCCGGAACACGGGCCUGCCAGCCGCCAGGAUGCCAGCGCUGGGCUAGGACAGCUGCUGUCGACCUCGACCCCCGCGCAGUUGAGGACGUCGUGAGCAACAAACCUGGGAUUCCUCUGAUAACCAGAGUGUCCGAACGUAGUGUACGGGUGCAGAACAGAUACAGGAGGAUCUGUACGGUGCGUCCGAGAGGCCGCCGCCGCCGCCAUGCCGUAGGAAAGUCUUUUGAAGUAGACACAGGUUUGCUUAGGAUGGAGCAGAUUCUAAGACACACGAAACCCCAACACCACGGGGAGGAGCAGAUCCAGCAAUCCAGAGUGAGUGGAGAGGAGGACACGGACAGGGGCCCUGGGCAGGAGGCGAGCGUCCAAGGUGGCCACCCAGACGGAAGUCCCCCCCCACCCCCGCAGGGACGCACGGCUUCGUGUCCCAACAGUACAGCGGAACCUGCAUUUGUUCCGGGAUUCUAUGGCGUGAUAAAGAACUCUGCGUUAAGAGAGUUAAAUGUCUUUAGGAGACAACCUGCAUCCACUUGA